AUGGGCAAGAUUCCUGUGCGUGACACGGACGGCAGUUCGACACACCUGGGUGACCAAGCGUCGGGAUCAGACUGUUCUCCCGAGCUGCUCGAGGAGAUGUCGGACCCAUCGUUCUGCGUGAUGAACGUCACAGAUGUUGCUCCUCUGCCAAGCAAGUCCAACAGCGGCGGCCGAGAUGACGGCCUGGAGUUUCAGGCACCGGUCGUUCUUCUUGUUCCGCCUGGCAUCUGCUCCGAGGAUGGCAUCGUGGAGGAUGUGGUGCAGAUCGAAUCCAAGGUCACUGUCGGUGGCGGUGGCAGCAGCGUCCCCUCUCAUGCGCCCGGGGAGGACGAUGGCGACGCCGGCCCCUGUGCCAAACAGUCCAAAGUGAGCGGCAGUGCUCGCGCUCGCUCCAACCGGGGCUCAAAGCAUCGCCAACUCCUCGACCAACGUGCACAGCCGUUUCAAGCAGGACCUCCGCUUCCCGCCCAACCUUUACCGGCUUCUUUGCCAUCAUCCAAUUCUCACGUACGGGCGACGACACCACUCUCAACUCGACGCUUCAAUGGCUCGGCCGAAAGCUGA